AUGCUUGUUUUGAAAACUUGAAAGUAACUUCAGGUAAGAACUAUUAUUUCGAAGAUUAUUGUUAAGCACAGUCAUUCAGGCAGGAAUUAUAGUUUUUAAGGUUAUUGUAAAUUGUAGAGAUUUUUACAGGCCUGAGCGUUGGACGACAGUUAACAAAAUAACGAUAAUCGUGUCUGAAGACAGAACUUUUAAGGUUAAGGUUUACGAAUAAAAGCAUCGUGACAGGGACGAGCAGGCGUGCAGAAGGGUUUAGGGCUUGUGGAAGAGCACAAGGGUAAAUCUGGAGCAGGGUAACAUUUCCAUUAAACAAAUCCUAAAUGCAUUUACUUUCUGACUUUUUUUAAGGCCGAGUGUACUGACGCUAGUGGCAGCAGAUACUCCGGUUUUUCAAUUAUUCUGUCCGGGCUGGUCUGUCGUGGCCAGGGUCGCAGCCAUGAGGAAGAAGAGGCAGGCCGGAUCCACACCAGUGGAGGAGAAGCGGGAAGAGAAGAGGUUCAGAGCUAAUUCCGUGCAGAAGAAGAAAAAAAAAAAGUCUACAUCUCCUUCGAAAAACAAGUUUCUCACUUUGGGCGUGGGUGAUAAAGAUGAAGUCGAACUCGGGUUGGAGGCGCGCGUGUUCGGGGGCGUGGCCAACGUGGUGGAACGCCUGGCGCCAGACGACGCCAGGGACAGCUCGGACGCGGAGGGUGGCGGAGACGAGGGCAGAGCGCCGGCGUGGCAGGACGAAGACGACGACAUCAGCGCGGAGACGGCGUUCCGCAUGCAAGGGCGGCGGGCCAGCGCCGUCAGGAGCGCGACGGGGGGCUUCUCCGAGUGUCUGAGGAAGAAGUUCCAGGCGGUGGUCGGGACCCCCGAGUGGGCGAAGCUGGGCCGGCAGAGGGGCAGCGACUCGGACGCAGAGUCCGACGAGGAUCUGCUGCGGCGCUGCGGGAGGUUUGUGGUGAAGAAGGGCAGCGAGUUGGGGACCGGGACCAUCGACAUACAGCGCGUGCGGGACCUGAACGUGCAGACGUACGCGGAGGGCCCGAUCAUCAAGGCCGUUCAGUUCCACCCGUCGUCCACCGUGGGGCUGGUGGCGGGGAUGGCCGGCAUCGUGUCCUUGUUCCAGGUGGACGGCCACACAAACGCCAAGCUGCACAGCAUCCAGUUUGAGCGGUUCCCCAUCGCGUGCGCGCGCUUCACCCGCGACGGCAACCAGUUCCUGGCGGGCUCCCAGAAGCACCGCCACCUCUUCUACCACGACCUGCUGAGCGGCAAGACGACCAAGGCCGUGCCCUUCGCUCCCUUCAGCGAGCUGUCCAACAUGAAGAACUUCGAGAUGUCGCCGGACGGGCGGCUGAUGGCGCUGUGCGGUCGCUUCGGCUACGUGCACGUGAUGACGGUGCGGUCGCGAGAGCUGGUCGCCAAGCUCAAGAUGGACGGCGAGGUGACGGCCGUGGCCUUCAGCCCCGACGGCUCCCGCCUCUACUCGCACGGCGAUGGUGGGCAGGUGUACGUGUGGGGCGUGGCGUCGCGCGCCUGCGAGCACCGCUUCACGGACGACGGCUGCGUGCACGGCAGCAGCCUGGCCGUGUCGCCGUGCGGCCGCCUGCUGGCCUGCGGCUCGCGCUCGGGCGUCGUGAACCUGUACGACACGGCGGCGGCCGAGGCCCAGGUCGCCCCGCGCCCGCUCAAGGCGUUCCCCAACCUGACCACGGCCGCCUCGGCCCUGCGGUUCGACAGCUCGUCGCAGCUGCUGGCGGCGGCCUCCAGCGAGAAGGAGAGCGCGGCCAAGCUGGCCCACCUGCAGAGUCGCACGGUGUACUCCAACUUCCCGCUGGCGAGCGCGAAGGUGUUCCGCGUGCAGUGCCUCGCCUUCUCCCUCAACAGUGGCUUCUUGGCCCUCGGCAACAACAGGAACGCAGCGCUGCUCUACAGAUUGAAGAGUUUUGGAAACUACUAAGCAUUGUCUGUGAUUAAGAGGCAUUGGUGAAUGAAGCUGAUGGGAUUUGUUGUCACUCGUAUGGAUUGGUUUUUAACUGUGCAUUACCCAUCUUUAUUGAAAUUCUUUGAUAUAACUCAAUUAUUUCCAGUGUUGUUGUCAGCCAAAUGCUGUAAAUUAAAAUAUUUUGUAAAACCAGUUUUUAAAAAUAAACAUUGACAAUGAAUAUUU